AUGGAGACAUCUGGAAAAAGUUCUCAGCAGCUGAAGAAAACAAUGUGUUUAUCAGAGAAGAGCGAAAGAGAUGUUUUGGAUUGUUUAUUAGUUUACGACUUGGUAUGCAAUUUAAUGCACGUAAAUAAUACGGGAGUAUAUUUUAGAACCAAAAGCGUUAUUUUCUAUGAUUCUAGACUGCAGUUGACGAAUGAUUUUACAAAUUUCCAAGACCUUCAUGAAGUUUCACUAGAAAUGCUCAAUUUCGAUGAUAAUGUUUUGGCGUCGCAUUCAGCAAAUAACUACAAACAAUCUGAUUCAUUUCUUAUACCGAAGCCAUUUAUUUUUGAUUCAAGUGAUUUUAAGGAGACUUCAAUGAUCGUGAGUACUCUGGUAGAAUUCAAGGCCGAGUGGGCCAAACCUUUUGAUUCCUCUCUUAGCGAUCAAUAUAUGUUACGUCAAAGAGGUACAUUUUUUUUUACUGAUAUAAAGCGGUUGAAUGCUUCUGUACUAGAAUUAUCGUAUGUGGGUGAUUUCAAAAUGCUCAUAAUACAACCCCACGAGGGCGUAACUCUCAAACAUGUGACAACACAGCUGGCUCUUAAUGAUUUGGAAGAAAUAUAUAAUGAAUUACAUUCAGACGGCUUGAAGGAAAUUGAUGUCGGAUUGAAGAAGUUUUCCUUAACAUCAUCGCUGAUAUUUAACAAAGCGUUCAAGUCAAUGGGAGUGAUAGAUGUUUUUUCACCAGAUGAUGCGGAUCUAUCAUUAGAUAACGAUUUAUAUAUUAUGAAUUUUGAACAAAGAGUGACGGUGACGGUUUCAGAAACAGGGACGACAGCCACUGCGUACACUCCAGCAAAUGUUGCCAAAUUCACAGGCCAAAAUAAUAUAACAUUUUCAAAGUCAUUUAUAUUUCUAAUCGUGCAUGGACCAUCGUUAACCAUUUUGUUUUGUGGAAAAUACGGUGAAUGA